GGGGCGCCUCGGCCAAGCAAGCCAGCGAGCCGGCCGGGCCCGUCACUCGGCUCGACUUGUCGUGCCUGUUCGCGCUAGCAUUAGCUAACGUUACAUGUGCUGUGAGGUCGAGGGGGAACUGAUCUCAUCUGCUGCUACAAUGCCGACAGUUACUUUACCACCAAAAGAGAAUGCUCUCUUUAAGAGGAUUUUGCGAUGUUACGAACACAAGCAGUACAGAAACGGACUCAAGUUCUGCAAACAAAUCCUGUCCAACCCCAAGUUUGCAGAACAUGGAGAAACCCUGGCUAUGAAGGGCUUGACCCUGAACUGUCUGGGGAAGAAGGAAGAUGCUUACGAUCUGGUGAGAAGAGGCCUGCGCAAUGAUCUCAAGAGUCACGUCUGCUGGCAUGUAUACGGUUUAUUACAGCGCUCUGAUAAGAAAUACGAUGAGGCCAUCAAGUGUUACCGAAAUGCACUGAAGUGGGACAAGGACAACCUCCAGAUCCUCAGAGAUCUGUCCUUGCUGCAGAUCCAAAUGAGAGAUCUGGAAGGCUACCGGGAGACAAGGUACCAGCUGUUGCAGCUGCGUCCUGCUCAGCGAGCGUCCUGGAUCGGCUAUGCCAUAGCCUAUCACCUCCUGGAAGACUAUGAGAUGGCAGCAAAGAUCAUUGAGGAGUUCAGGAAAACACAACAGACAUCUCCUGACAAGGUGGACUACGAGUACAGUGAGCUGCUGCUUUACCAGAACCAGGUGCUGAGAGAAGCAGGUCUUUACAAGGAGGCUUUAGAGCAUCUGUCAAACUAUGAAAAGCAGAUUUGUGACAAACUGGCAGUGGAAGAGACGAGGGGGGAAUUGCUGUUAAAGUUGGAGCGUCUGGAUGAGGCUACAGAUGUCUACCAUCGCAUGCAGGAGAGAAACCCAGAAAACUGGUCAUAUUAUCAUGGCCUGGAGAACGCACUAAAACCAAGCAGUCUGGAGGAGAGACUUAAGGUCUAUGAAGAUGCCUGGGAAAAGUUUCCAAAAGGCCUUGUUCCUCGCAGACUCCCCCUCAAUUUUCUUACUGGUGAGAAGUUCAGAGAGUGUCUUGACAGGUACCUGAGGAUGAACUUCAGUAAAGGAUGUCCACCUGUCUUCACCACCCUGAAAUCUCUUUACAACGACAAAGAAAAGGUGUCAAUUAUAGAAGAAUUGGUGGUCGGCUUUGAGACCUCAUUAAAAAGCUCCAGACUGUUCAGCCAAAAUGAUGAUGGUAAAGAGGAGCCACCAACAACAUUGCUUUGGGUGCAAUACUUCCUGGCUCAGCACUAUGACAUGGUUGGCCAACAGACACUGGCUCUCGAGUAUAUCAACGCAGCCAUUGAGAGUACGCCAACCCUCAUUGAACUCUUCCUUAUCAAAGCAAAGAUUUACAAGCAUGCGGGGAACAUCCGAGAGGCAGCCCAGUGGAUGGAUGAGGCACAGGCUCUGGACACCGCUGACAGAUUCAUCAACUCCAAGUGUGCCAAGUACAUGCUGAAGGCUGGCAUGAUCAAAGAGGCGGAGGAGAUGUGCUCCAAGUUCACACGGGAGGGGGCAUCAGCAGUGGAAAACCUGAAUGAGAUGCAGUGUAUGUGGUUCCAGACAGAGUGUGCACUUGCCUACAAGGGUAUGAACAAGUAUGGGGAGGCUCUCAAGAAAUGCCAUGAAAUUGAAAGGCAUUUUGUGGAGAUUACGGAUGACCAAUUUGAUUUCCACACCUACUGCAUGAGGAAGAUGACGCUGCGCUCAUACGUGGACCUGCUGAAACUUGAGGACGUGCUUCGGAUGCAUCCCUUUUAUUACAAGGCUGCCGUCACUGCCAUUCAGAUAUACCUGAGCCUCCACGACAAUCCUCUGACUGAUGACAGCAAGGAAUUGCAGGCGGACACUGCUAACCUGUCGGACAAAGAGCUGAAGAAGCUCAGAAACAAGCAGCGGAGAGCUCAGAAGAAGGCCCAGCUGGAGGAAGAAAAGAAGAAUGCAGAGAAGGAGAAGCAGUUAAAGAAUCAGAAAAAGAAGAAGGAGGAUGACGAUGAAGAGAUUGGGGGCCCAAAAGAGGAGCUCAUUCCUGACAAAUUGGUCAAGGUAGAAAAUCCACUGGAAGAAGCAGUCAAGUUCCUGAUACCUCUCAAACACCUUGUCAAAGAUAAAAUUGACACACACCUACUGGCAUUUGAAAUCUACUUCAGAAAAGAAAAGUACCUGUUGAUGCUCCAAUCAGUGAAAAGGGCAUUUGCCAUUGACCCAGACCACCCAUGGCUACACCAGUGUCUAGUGCGCUUCUUUAAAGGAGUCUCAGAGAGCAAAGAGCUGCCUGAGGUGGUUCGGACAGUCUUGAAGCAAGAAGUCACUCGACUCUUUGGCGACAGCAACGCUAAGAGCUUCAACCAGGCCUUCCUCUCCAAACACUCCAACUCAAUACCGCAUCGAUUGGCUGCUGCUAAGAUGAUGGUGUACAUGGACUCGUCGACACUGUCAAAGGCAGUUGAAUUGGCUACCGCACUCGAUGAGUCACUCAACAACAGAUCUAUCCAGAUCUGCACAGAGGUCCUGGAGAAUCUUCGGAACGGCUACCUGGGUGACUCUAAGGAGUGUGCUGAGUCGUAUCGCGCAGAGUGUCACAAGCUUUACCCCUACACAUUAGCUUUCAUGCCCCCUGGAUACGAGGAGAACACCAAGAUCGCUAAUGGAGACGUUUCCACAGAAACAGAAGAGCUAGCCAACGAGAUGUGAGCAUGACCAGACAAAGGUGGAUGAGAAAAGGAAUAGGGCCUUGCACAGAGCCUUGUGGUACGCCUGGCAGUCAUUUUAUAGAGCCAGACACACGGGAAGCGAAAUAGAUGUUUCGUUCUUUGGCUCAGCUUAAAUUGGGUCUGACCCGGCAUGGCUUGGCUCUUUCCCAUAUGCUGAAAAUCAGGACUGUAUGCGUGUGUGUUUGCGUGUGUGUAUGUCAUGGGUGUGACUGAGUCUUGAGCAUGUGUGCGGUUUUGUUUAUUUGUGAUAAAGGGGAGGAAGAUAACAAAAUGGCCAUUUUACUUUUUUAAUAGCGCAACCGACCACACUGAAUAUUAAAGAAAACCACAGUUAUUGGCAAACGUUAGGGUAAAACUGACCUGACUGGUUUCUCUGAGAUGACAACCACUGGAGUUUGACUCUGCUGCUUCUACAAGUCCAUCGGUUGUUUAUUUUACAAGCAAAGCUAAUUUAAAAGAAAAAAAAAAAAAACGGGACACAGCUGUCAC